GGCUGUAGAGGGCGUGGCGUACAAACGUGCUCCUUUGCAGUAGCCAAUGUAACGUAACCUGAACACUCCGCAAUGGCUGGAACCGACCUGGAGCCGUUCAACACUCAGUAGACGGAAGAGCUUUACGACACCAACCUUCUGCUGCCCAUCCAUCCCAGAGUAGCGUGAUCGAGACGGAUCAGCGGUCUGUUUACUGCAAGCAUCCUUGCUAAUUAGAGGAAUCAACCCAAGAGUUAAAAAGCUAGCCAUGUCGGGGCAAAGGAAAGGAGCAUCGGCUCGUCUGCGAAAAUGUGCCUUCUGUAGAACGAAUCGAGAGAAAGAGUGCGGUCAGCUCCUGGUAUCAGACAACCAGAAGGUGGCGGCUCACCACAAAUGCAUGCUUUUCUCAUCUGCCCUAGUCACAUCUCACUCAGACAGUGAAAACAUUGGGGGAUUUUCUGUUGAGGAUGUAAAAAAAGAGAUCAAAAGAGGAAAUAAAUUGAUGUGCUCAUCCUGCCACCGGCCAGGGGCUACCAUAGGUUGUGAUGUUAAAACAUGCCGGAGGACAUAUCAUUACUACUGUGCCCUGUGGGACAAAGCCCAGAUCAAGGAAAACCCCUCACAAGGCAUCUACCUUGUUUACUGUCGUAAACAUCGUGACGCCUCCCAAGAUGCCAGUGAUGAGGAUCAAGGAGUCGCAGUCAACGAUUCAGAUUCAUCCCCACCCCGGAGCAGAGGACGUGGCAGAUUUGAAAAGAGCCGAAUCAGAGGUGUACCUCGUGGCCAGUCAGAAGAUGCUCGUUCAACUUCUUCACAAGGCGCAGAUGAAAUGGAGAGCUCUUCAAAUCGGGACCGGUCCCCUUUGAGGGGCAGCCCCAGUGAGUCGGGUCUACGCUGUGGAUUCUGCCACGCUGGUGACGAGGAGAAUCAGACUCGCGGUGUUCUCCAUUGUGAUAAUGCCAAAAAGGUUGCUGCCCACUAUAAAUGCAUGCUUUUCUCUUCAGGGACUGUCCAACUCACUACCACAUCACGUGCAGAAUUUGGUAACUUUGACAUUAAAACAGUCAUUCAGGAAAUAAAGAGAGGAAAAAGAAUGAAAUGCACCCUGUGUGGUCAGCUCGGGGCUACCAUUGGAUGCGAGAUAAAAGCAUGUGUGAAAACCUACCACUACCACUGCGGCCUGCAAGACAAGGCCAAAUACAUAGAGAACAUGGCCAGGGGCAUUUACAAAUUGUACUGUAAGAAUCACAGUGGAAAUGAGGAGCGUGAUGAAGAGGACGAGGAGAGGGAGAGUCGCAGUAGAGAGAGGGCUGCCAAUAACAGGGGGGGAAGUCCUCCUUCAUCUCAAGUGAAUGGCAACUAGAUGGUGGUUUGGAGGCUUUGGGAGAAAGAACAAAAUAUUUUUUUAUUGUGCUCAUUUAGAACCUAGGGGCCAGCUCACAAUAUUGACAGUUUCAGUUUUUCUGCAAUUGUCAGAAAACCCCAUGACCAUUAAGGACAGGCUAUACAUUUCUCUGAUCUUUUCUCAAUAUUUCAAGAAUAUCCUGAAUGAGCCUGAGGAGUGCUGGUAUGAACCCGCCAAGAGACCGAGAGGGGUUUUUUUUUUCUUUCUUCGAGACAGAUUAUUUCAAGUUGAACUUUCAAGAGGUUGUGUCUAAAGACAGUAAUGGAACAUCGCCUUUAACAUCAUGGUUACAAGACUAGUUUGAAUCUGUGCCAGAAAGAAAAAUAAAGUGAGCCAGUAACAUCGGAAAGUUUAAUGACUGGACCAAUGGAAGCUCACGUCUCCAUUUUCUUUCUUAACAAACUGCGCUUCGGACAGGACCCGUUCUUUUGAGACUGCCUUUUGGUUGUUUUUACUCUCUUCCAAAUCAUGAGCCUGUCCCUCUAAUUUCCUGUCAAAGAACUGACGUUCUCUUUACCUCUUAUUUCUCUUGUAUCAUGUAUUAUAUUUUACUACUGUAUUAUAAUCAUGAGUAUUGUUGAAUAUCUGUGACUUUCUUUAUAGUCUUGAGUCAGGAUUAAAGAUCAUUGGCUAGCAUGCACUUUUCUUUA